CUGACCCGGAAGCUGUGCUGUCUGGAGGCGCAUAGAGAACAUCCAGCCUCUUCACUGCUUUAUUAAAGCCUCUCCUGCGAGAAAAAAAACACUCUGACCGAUCGAUAUAAAAGAAGGAUGGCAGAGCCUCGAUUCAAUAAUCCAUAUUUCUGGCCACCACCUCCAUCUAUGCCUGGCCAACUGGAUAACCUGGUUCUUAUCGACAAGAUCAAAGAGCAACUGAUGGCAGAAAAGAUUAGACCUUCGCAUUUGCCGCCCACCACUGUUCCCUCUCAGCAGACCCUGCUGGUGGCCUCUCCACCUACAGAUGUUGGGCAACAUUUAAUGUCUCUCCCCAAGCUGCAGCAGGUAGCGAGUCUUCAGGCCCACAAUUCCUCUCAGCCUGACAUCGCCCUGCACGCCCGCCCAGCAUCAAGCACCAUUGCAGAGCUGAAUAUUGAUGACAAGUCUGCGGUGAAGGCAAAAGGAUUAUGGGAAGACUGGCAUAUGCGACAAGCAGUGGACCAAGCCUCCAGAGCAAACCAUCGCUCAGGUCUCAUGCUGUCCUCGCGCAUUGAAAGCCACAACACCUCUGAGGCUAUAACUCCCACCACCCCGACAUCUAGCAGUCAGAACCGUUUAGGCGGAGCACCUUCCUUAAACACCAUUUCCGGCCUGGCCAGCGGUCCUGGCAUGGAGCACAUGAAAAGUGGAGGUCUGAUAGGGAUGCUGGGACCACAGCCCAAAGCUCCACGGGGCCGCAAGAAGAUUAAAGCAGAGAACAACACGGGCCCCUUGCUGGUGUUGCCCUACCCGCUCCUGGCCUCAGGCCCUGACCAGGCGGUUACCAUCGCCAAAGAAGGAAAAACAUACAGGUGUAAAGUGUGUCCACUCACUUUCUUCAACAAGUCAGAGAUGCAGAUUCAUUCCAAGUCCCACACGGAGGCCAAACCUCACAAGUGCCCUCACUGUUCAAAGUCCUUCGCCAACGCCUCAUACCUAGCACAGCACUUACGGAUUCACUUAGGCAUUAAGCCCUACCACUGCUCCUAUUGUGAGAACUCUUUCCGCCAGCUAUCACACCUCCAACAGCACACCAGGAUUCAUACUGGUGACAGACCAUAUAAAUGUGCCCAACCUGGAUGCGAAAAGGCAUUCACACAACUCUCAAACCUACAGUCUCACCAGAGACAACAUAACAAAGACAAGCCAUACAAAUGUCCAAACUGCUACCGAGCCUACACAGACUCCGCCUCCUUACAGAUCCACCUCUCCGCACAUGCCAUCAAGAACGCUAAAUCGUACUGUUGCAGCAUGUGUGGCCGCGCAUACACCUCAGAAACCUACCUUAUGAAGCACAUGUCCAAACACACCGUGGUGGAGCAUCUCGUCAGCCACCAUUCCCCACAGAGAACAGAAUCUCCCAACAUCCCCAUACGCAUUUCACUAAUUUGAGCUUCUCCCCUCACGUUUCUCUUCCAUGAAAAGGUAUUUUGUUCGCCGCGAUGGUCUUCCGUUGAGAAAAAAGAAGAAUGUGAUAAGAGACCUCGGAGGACAUUUGAGUCUGAUAUUGUCUUUGCCCCUUUUAGCUCUUAGUGAUAUUAAGCCUAUAGGCCACAGACUCAACAAAUGCUGUCUGAACUGAAUUGAAUUGUUCAAUUCAACUACAGACACCAGUCAAAAAGGAUUUGAUUGAUUAUUCCAAAAACAGAAUGUCACAGUUGUGAUCACUUUUACAUUUUGUUUCAAAGGUGUGUAAGGGAGACUUCCAAAGAUACUCUUUAAGCACUUUUUCAGCCUCGUGGUUUCGCUCAAAGUAAAAUGAAUCUUUUUAGAAUGGGACCAGCUUCUCGCUUUGGGCAGCUAUGAGAGUUCAAGCUUAGUUUUAGAAAGUCGGAGGGAUUUUGUUGGUUUCCGUCUCCACUUCUACUCCUUAUCGUUUGUUUUAACAGGAUAUCGUGUUGUUUUACUGUGGAUGUGACACUUCUUCCACUUUAAGCUUGUAUUAUCCUUUUAUAAGGGGUAUUAGGUCAUGGUUGAGAAAUGAAAAGUGAUGUU